CAGCCUGGGUGGUCAUGGUGUUGAGCUCUCUGGCAGAUGUGAGGGGAGUCUUCAGUGUCUGAAAUCAAUGUACUGACAAGGAAUAUUUACUCUACAGAAAGACACUGACGCGUGCUGACUGUCGCAGCAGCUCUCCGUCUGAGACGGAAGAUGAAACACUGCUGAGCUACAAAGGCCGUGGGCAGAGCAUAUGUUGCAUGGAACGCUCCUCCUGUUCAGCCGGAAUCUGACAGUGGGUGUGGACGUGGCACGGAGCGAGGAGCGAGGAGCGAGGAGGACAAAAGGAAACUCCCUGCGCAAACUCCCUGACACGACGGAGGCGCAGCUCUUCCACGUGGAACCUGUCACCGACCACAACACACACUCCGGUCUCCGUGGCAGCCGGGGGAGGGGCAGGGCCGAGGAGGGGGACGGGUGUGCUGCCGCCUUUGCGCAGUGCAGGACCUGGGAGGCGCGGGACAGAGGUGCGGGCUGCUCCAGAUGUGAACCUGUGUAAAACCCAAACCUGCCAGGCUGAUGUUAAAGCGGGUCGCUGUCCACACUUUCACCAUGCAGACAGGUGUGUUCAUGAACGCUCACCUGGGCAAGUUGGUCCCGUGUGUCCUAUACCUGCUCCUGCUCACACACCUGUGCCCGGCUGCACCAGGUCAACCAGGGACACAAAGAGAGGAAUCAGUUGAUGUCCAUUCUCCUCCAGUUGCACCACCCAAUCCCUUUGGCUCUGGGGAGGAGGACCGCAGGUUGCUGCAGAGUUACAUCCAGGCCAGACUGAAGGAUGGCCAAGGAGGACCAGAAAUCAGCUCCUGGGAGCAAGAGGUGUUCUUCCUGUUUCGUCUGUAUGACUUUGAUCGCAGUGGGUUGUUGGACGGCUUGGAGAUGAUGAAGCUACUGUCUGACUACAGAUCCCAUCAUACACCAGGAGCACAGGCCAAUGAGUUGGUGGUGUUCACGGUAGAUUUUUUACUUCAAACUCAGGAUCCAAACCAGGACGGCCUAUUGGCCCCUUCAGAACUGCUCUCUCAUCCAUUACCUCAAACACAGGACUCCAGCAUCGGCAAUGCACCUCAUUGGGAGCAGGAGGUAGUAGCUGAGAAGAAGCUGUUGAACCCCAGUGCUGAUGAAGAGAGGGCAGGAGCAGCCGAGCAGCAGGAGGAGCAUCAUGUAGAGGGUCAGCUUCAAGCUGAGCAGCAACCUCAACAUGAAGUAAAGACAGAGGAUGAGGAACUCACAAAGCAAUUAGGUGAAAAUAAUGCACAAAAACUCCAAGAAGUCCCAGCAGCAGAUCUGGGGCAUUACAGGGGAGCCCCCGUACACCAGGGGCAACCAGAGAUGUAAACAGACAAACACACAUCCACACACACACUAAAGAUUGUUAUGGCUUCUUGGGUCCUGCAUGUUGAAGACUGAGUUAAAAAUACCACGAUAACCUGAGAGUGCAUUUUAUUAUUCCUCCCCACAAAUUGAUCUGAGUUGUGAGAGUUUACAAUCUAUUUCAAUGGACUAAUUCAUAUUAAUUAAUAGAUUAAUAGAUAAAUACAGUCAUAAAAAAAUAUGUCGAAAGCCUCACUGAUGGUUUCAUUAUGGAUACAAAAAUAUCUAGAACUGGAAAGGGGCAAAAGUCCUGAAUUCCAGAUUCAAUAUUAUCCUUAUUAGUAGACUGGAGUCUUUUUCCCAGAAAGAAUUGAUCCUUUCAUUUGAGAUAAUUUCAAAGUUAUUCGAUCUGCCUAAUUGGUGUAUUUAUUGUUUGUAUCUGGUUUUCUCAUACAUAAAAAGUUUGGCAUAUUUAUAAAGUAUUACUAUCUUUCUUUGUAGAGACUGUUACAAGCAGCUCAGUUUUGUCUUCAGAUUAAAUCUGGUCUUCCUUGAUAAAUUCCUUAUAUUUAGGUUAUAACACGCAUCUAACUAUGCAAGACUUAAUUUCUUUGUGUACAAUUCAGUAAGUAAUGUAUUUUGAUGAGGAUUUCUUUGUGUCUGAAUGAGUUGGGAAUUAGGAAAUUGCAGAACAGUACUUUACUCAUGAUUGCUUAGAGUGACGAGUUACAGUCUACCACCAGGCUACAUGCUCAUACGUGUUCAUCUUCACAAUAAUGGACAGGACGGCCCUGAAAUACAAUACCAAUAGAUGUGAUGUAAUGUUAAAUUCAGUGGUUAUCUGCACGCCGGACAUGUGUUUACAGUAUGACAGGGUUUACUAUUUGUUGUAAUUUUUGUUUACCUUUUUAACCAUGUAUGCAUUUAUACAGCUGGAGAAAAUAAAGCAAAUACUAUCCCUCUCUCUUUAA